AUCCGAGUUUACUUUUUCCCGUCGGCAUUCUUAAGACGACCAUCGGCGGUCGUCCAAGCCCUAGCUAACUGUAAACCAACAAACGGCCCUCAAACGCUCCUCGCUGCUCGUCGUCCCUCUUCCGUUCUGCUCUCGGCCGUCACCUUCGACUCGCCUCCAUUCCCUUCCUCGUCCUCGUCAAGGUGAUCAAGCCAUCGCUUUCUGACAAACUAUUGGUCUUGAGCUUUCUCCUGAACUGAAAACUGAAUUGAUUUCCGUUGCUAUGCCGAUAUCUAUGCUUUGUGAUGCAAUAAUGGUUAGGUUACACCAAAAUCUCUAUCUAUUAGCUGGUUGAAAUUGGUUUCUUGCUUGGACUUUGUAUAUAGAGUAGCAUGCAAAAUAAGCGGGCCUGCGUGUUCAGCGCUGAUAGAAUCAGCGACCUUCCUCCUGGUGUGAUACAGCGCAUUCUCGUGUUCUUACCGAUUAAAGAUGCAGCAAAGACUAGCACCUUGUCAAGCAAAUGGAGGCAUUGUUGGAGAAGUAUUCCUGAACUUGUUUUUGAUGAUGAUUUUGCUCAAAUCCCUGAAGAUCUGGCUGCAUCUGAAUUGAAUGUGAUGAAUAAGGGUAUAAUGUUGAACAUUUACAAUUCCCUGCUUGUUCAUGAUGGGCCAAUUACGAAGUUUGCACUGGCAAUCCUUGGAUUACGCCCUUGUGCUGAGAUUGACCACAUCAUUCUUUACCUUUCUAACAAAGGUGUUGAAUACUUUGUACUUGAGUUUUUCGACAAGCGUUAUAAGGUGCAUUCUUCCCUAUUUUCUGCUCUUCACCUGGAAACCCUUAAACUUUGGCAUUGUGAAUUUAAACCACCAUCUUGGUUUGUUGGGUUUAGUAAGCUGACCUAUCUUCAAUUGUUCGAAGUUAAUUUGCCCUAUGAUUUCGUCGAGAAUUUCCUUCCCAAGUGCCCGAUGCUUGAACAUUUGAUGGUUAUAUGUUGUUACGGUGCUGUUGGUAAGCAUGAAAUCAUGGCUCCAUGUCUCAAAUCCUUCUUCUUUAUGGGGUACAAGGAUGUCUGCUUCAUGCGUAGUACACUUCCACCACUUGUCUCAUUUUGCCCGCUUGAUACUGCCACACCCAAUAUGGCAUCCUUUUUUGCUUCUUCCGCGACUCUUCAUCAGUCUUAUGCUUAUUUCCUGGAACAAUGCCUUGAUCUAGCUGAUGAUAAUCCUAUCCCAGAGGUAGAAUUCAUGGAGAUGAAUCAUCUUGUCCUUUAUAACUGGGAGAUUGCACGCAUUUUUGUUCUUUUGAUUGUGGGUUUCCCCAACUUGCGUACGCUCACUGUUAAGCUGGAGACUAGCCAACUACGUGAUGAUCAGCCCGCAAAUGAUCAAAAUAACAGCAUACGGAGGGUACUGGAAGCAGAGAACUGCACUGAUUUCCUUCAGCAUCUUCGUGAGUUGAGAAUUGGGGAGAGCCUCUGUGGUCCGUUUGAGCUGGACCUUGUGACGUUCGUACUACUCACCGCCCCACGACUUCGGUUGAUUCACAUUACGCCUUUUCAUCAGUUGGGCUCCAAGAAGGUUAUCAGAUUCAUGAAGGAGGUGCUGAAAUGUAGGCGUGUCUCUAAAAGGGCAGAGAUCGUAUAUGAUUGGAAUGGUGGGGAGGAUUGACACCCUUUUCCAGCUUCGCCUCUGUUGCUGCCCUCGUAUUCAUCUCCGUUCAAAAAACGUAUUACUUUCACCGUUGCUACUUGCUAUGGUGGUUGAGUGAUGUGAUGAUCUCUUGAUUUAGUAUAGUUUAGAUCUUCCAGAUGUGUAACUUUUCUUCCUUUUUGUGUACAGUAAAUGAAAGACGGUCUCAUUUUGGGCAGUUCGUUUCCUUCAUUGUCUCAAUGGAAUGAGCGAAUGACUAGGUUUUUGAUGGGGUUGCCUACAUCUAGAUCAGCAGAUGGUUAUAAUCAAUAUACGAGAUCAACUGGUGCAUAUGUUGGAUUGAACUAACAGGAUGUAACGAUUCAGUGAAGCGUUCAAUAAGAGAGUAAUUCAAGUUUUAUUUUGCAUUAGAAACUGUGAUGUAUUUUUAAUUUUCAUAUCACGAAAGAAUUGUAAUUUUUUUAUUGUUUAUGCUCUCGAGUAAGUAUCUUUUUAUAUAUUCUAC